AUGGGGGUGUUGCUGUCAAGGUUUAGGAGAAAGCAGACCACAAUUGAAAUUUUGGAAGGCAUAGACAAGGAAAUCAGUCGACUCCAGAGGAACCGUAAAGUCAACCAAGAUCGGCAGAAACAUAUUGUGACAAGCCUGUUAAUUUAUUCAAUUGUUGUCUACGUGUUCGCAGCUGUCAUCUUCUUCUGCGUGUAUUUCCCAGACACAUGGCAGCUGAGGUUGCUUUACAGCUUACCACUGUUGGUGUUUCCAUUUCUCAUUUGGGGAAUCAAAAAAUUACUUCACUGGUACUUUGUGAAAAGAAUAUCAUCCAAUGAUUUAGCUCUGCAGCAACUGCGGGAGAGGAAGAAGCAGAUUCUGGAGGAUGUUGUUGAGACGGAGACAUACAAACGGGCCAGAGAGAUUCUGGAGAAAUUUGAUCCUGGGAGACUCCGGAAAUUGGAAAGAACUGUCAGAACAGCUGUGCCAGUUGCCAGAGCUGCUUCUUCAGUGACCCCCAGGAUGUCUAACCCAGCCACCCCCUCACCGACCCAAGUACUGCCACGACCCAGGCAACCAGUGACCCCAUUUCCUUCAACACCCACUUUCCGCCAGCCUCAGGUUCGGCCUCUGUUACAAUCACCACAGCCGAGAUCAACGGCCACACCCCGGCCACAAGCCACAGGAUUGCCACAGCCCAGAACUCCAUUCCCAUCACAGCCUGUCACCACUGGAGGCUACAGCGGUAAGAAUGGGCCAAACCCCAUCAUGCCCCCAGGCCUGCCAAUGCCCAGGACUGUGCUGCCCCGAGAACGAGGCACCAUGGACAAGUUGAUGGAUUAUCUGGUCGGAGAUGGGCCCGAGAACAGAUAUGCCCUCAUAUGUCAACACUGCUCCUCUCACAAUGGCAUGGCCUUGAAGGAGGAGUUUGAGUAUCUGAGCUUCCGAUGUUGCUACUGCUACAACUUAAACCCUGCCAAAAAGCAGCGUCCGCUGGCCCCAAGACUUGAGUUCUUUGCUCCAGGAAGCAGCAACAGGGGGCAGUUAUCGGGUAACUUGAGUAAGACACCCAGCAAUGAUGAAAGUGAUGAUGAGGAUGACGAUGAGGAGGAGGAGGAAGAUGGUGAUAGUGACCAGGGCUCGGCUGGGUGCGACACGUCUGCUGGUAUUUCACCUCUGCAAUCAGGAAAGUCUCCACCAAACUCGGCUUCUGCAGCCUCCAGCACCUCCUCAUGGUCCAGCAACCGGGCAGCAGUGACUACAAAACCUAAGGAAGUUCUGGAUUCAAAAUUGCAAGAGAGCAGAGGACCUGUAGUCAGCCAGGUCAAAGGUCCAGUGGCACUUCAGGCUGCAGGACCAGUAGCAAGUGUAGCCAAAGGCUCCUUGACAGUGGAAGUCAAAGGUCAAGUGGCAGCUCAAGUCACAGGUCAAGUGGCAGCUCAAGUCAAAGAUGCACUGGCUGGUCAGGGCAAAGGACAAGUACCAGAUGAGGGGAAAGUAGCAGUCAAGCCACUCAUUACCAGUAAGGUCACAGAGUCAAGGCUGUCAAGCUCAACAUCCCCAAGGUCAGAGGAAACAAAAAUUCCUGUUGUCAGUUCCAGGAGUCAGCAGAAGGAGCCACAGUUAGUGAGAACUGCAGGAGGUGUGCCUGCUACCCAAGCUGCAACAGUUACAGGAAAUGGCAUCGCUAAUGUAAGAAGUGAUUCUGUUGGCAAGUUAAAAGUAAUUUCGGACAACGAGGUAUUUAAAGAAGGACCACAUUCUCCAGAAUCUACACAGGGUAACCCUCAGCCAGCUGAUGUGCCAGACAGCAAGAAUUUCUCCCCUGCCAUCAGUUCUGCUGGAGCAAGGCAAGAAAUUCUGCCACACGAGGCAGUCGCCAGUUCUGUACCCCAAGAUGGCAACUCUGAUGGCGAUCAUGUCAGGUAA